AUGGACUAUAGCCGAAGACAACAUUCAGAUCCAUCUAAAUGGAUUUGUAUUUAUCCUCUUUAUUUGAAUUCAUUCAAAACAAUAAAGGAAGGAAGAGUUAUAUCGAAAAAUUUAGCCUGUGAAAAUCCAACAUCAAAAGAAAUUUGUAGUGUUUUAAGUAGUGAAGGUUUAAAUGUUAUUGAAGAACCAAAUAAAAUGCAUCCAUUGGAUGGAAGUCAUUUAUAUUAUGCACAGGGUCGAGUAAGAGUUCAAUUAAAAAAUGAUGAUGGAUCUUUUUGUAAUGAAAAAUUUAAAAGUAGAAAGGAUCUUUAUAUUAGAGCUGCUGAAGGGAUCAGAAAUAUGAAAGAUAGGCAAAUACCUAAAAAAUUAGAUCCAUGGUCAAUAUUAAAUUCUGCUUCUCCAGUGGCUUCUACCAAUAAGGUUAAAGGAAAAAAAAAAUAA